UUUUUAAUGCGUAAACUGUCUUUUUUUAUUUUCUAUCAGUCAGAAAAAAGUGCCUUUAUGUUUUUAAAUCUUAUUGUGUCAUCCAACAUGCCUUUAAGAAAAUCGUUGCUUUUCGUGUGUGCAAAUGUAAAUCUAUAUAGUUGAACCCUAUUUGGUGCUUUGGAAAAUUUUGAGAGACACCUUCCCACAUGACUUUGGAUGGACUGGUGUGGGUGUUCAUAAGUAGAACUACGACCUAUCACAGCACCUUAACACUCGCAGAUGCAACACAGCUUAUCAAAUAUGAAUCCACUUUUCAUCGGAGCCCUGCUUGCAGUAUGUCUGAGUAAUAGUGUACUUGGAAAGGCAUCACCUUGGGACCAACAGCAUCUUGCAUUGUUGUCAAAGGUGACAGAGCUGGAACGUAUCGUUAAAGAACUGCAGCAACAUCAAAGCCUUGAAAUUCGUACAGAUAAAGACGAAUUAUCCCGGCAAGCCAGACAAGCCGAGCUAUCAAACGUACGAUACGAUGGUGGUGAGUCCGGUUUCUACGUGACCAUGGAUAAACCACAAGAAGUAGAAACCAAAAUGCCUCUGAAGUUUGAUGACGUUGUGACAAACAUAGGCGGGGCUUAUGAUACACAAACCGGGAUCUAUACUGCUCCUGUGACUGGUACCUACAUGUUUGCACUAAAUGCCGUCUGUGCUGCACGCAACUUUCUGCAUCUGGCCAUCUAUAAAAACAACGCGCCUGCGUUUAAAGUAAUAUGUGAUGAUUUAAAAGGGGAGAUACAACAUCAAGGCGGUGGCACCACGAUUUUGAGACUGCAAAGAGGUGACAGGAUAUAUGUGACUAUGAUGUUUCCGCUUGGAACUGUUGGUGAAGUCAGAGGUAAUGGGAUGACGUCAUUUUCCGGAUACCUGUUGAAAGAGUUAUAAUAGAAAAAUGUAAAACUGUAUGUAAAUUCCAUAAUGCAGAUUUUUUGUGAACGGAUACAUGCGCUGAAUUUUAUUGAUGUAAUUCUUUGAUUGUUUUAAGUAAAGAAAUAAGGCUAAAUAGGGACAACUUUCCACCGAGAGUACGACGAAUAUCGUUAGAUCACAAACUGUAGUUGAAUGACGAAUGAAUAUUUAUAAUUUUAUUGAUUUUUUUGAAUCUGCAAAAUGAAGCAAAUUUCGGUUAUACUAAUGGAAAAAGCAAUUGUACGAUACAUUCGUAAACCGAUGUUCCCAAGAAUUUUAUGCCAAUACUGUUUCUAUGCCAAUACUCUUUCUAUGCCAACAGCCUAUAUUGCUAUUGCUUUUCAUGAUACAUUUAUUCAUUGCUUUUACAAGUGAAACCUUUAUUGAUGGUUAUAUUGAGCGUUGUAUUCAAAUGAGGUUUUACGAUUGACCAACUGCUUUUGUUAUAGUUGAAAUGGGAGAUGAACACAUUUUUCGAUUAAAGUGACCUGAGAAGUUAUAGCUUUUAAGAAAUCCGUGUUAUAGAUAUAAAAACAUGCCUUAACAUGAACGUUUAUUUGAUUUCAAAGGAGGUCAACAAUCUCAUUUUGUUUAUUAAUAUUACACGUAUUAGUCAUUAUUUGCCUUAAUUUCCAUAGAAAUAAAUUGUUACAAACUA